UUCUUUUGACGCGACGCAAGUUUCAUUCGGUGCGAGACCAGCAGACGAGACGGUCGUCGAUAGAAGCUUCAAACGCUUAUCGUGAGUUUUUAGACGUGUUUGAUUGCGUUUGCGUGAAACCAAAGCGUGUGUAGUACAACGGAAGACGGAAGAUAACUGCAUGUUUAUAGAAAGUGAAUUACAAUAAAAAAAUCCGCUUCCUACAACAACAACUAUAACUCAGCGCUGCCAUUGCAGGCCACGAAAAAUAUCAUUAUUUGGACUUUUAAUAAAAAAUCGCGUUUUAACAAAAAAAAAAAAAUACAAACAGCGUGAUCACUGCGGUUUUCCCCUCAAGAUGUCUAAUUACCAUUUAUGGCUGGCGCUAGUCAUAGCGUUGGUCGCUAUCGCUGGCUACACUGCAGCGGCACCGGAAAUUCCCUCAGCCGACUUGCCGUUGGAGGCGCGAAAUGGCGGCGAUUCAGCAGAGGAUGACGCACUUAUUUCCACCAGCUAUGUGUUACCCAAUCAGAUCUUCAACGAUGGCAAGCCGUAUUAUGCAAGCAAAGAUCCCAUUUCCGGUCAAUUGGAUUUCAGCGCCAAGAAGCCAGCCGGUAUUGAGACCGCGGCGAAUGAGGUGUUUGAUCCGAAAGAGAAGAUUGUGAUGAGCAGCAAUGCACCGAAUAUACAUGAUUAUCUCAAUUUACCCGUGAAGUAUUCAUCGUCGAAAUUCGUUUAUCCAUUGGUGUCGAGCUCUUAUGCCAACCUCAAGUAUCAGGGUAGCAAUAAGAAUUACAUAACGAAUAAGAAACCCACAUCGGUGGUGGCGACGCCGGUAACACCAGCGCCAAGUCAAAACUAUUACACCAUACCGACCACGAAGUUAAUGGCAGUGCCACCCACAGCGCCGGGCCUGCAUAGCAGCAAUGCGCCUACAUCGACAUCGUCAGCAACGACCACAACUACCACUACAACUACAACUAAAGGUACAACAACCACAACCACUAUAACAACUUCGAAGAAGCCCACAACCAGCGCUACGACAGCCGGUAAACCAAGUAGCACUUCCACUUCGCCUGCCACCACAAGUCCGUCAACUACUACAACCACCACUACAGUGGCCCCGAGCUCACCGAAGUAUACAACCUCCACGCGCAAACCGCUGCCAACACUGCCAUCCAUUAGCAUUUCGCAAGCUUCAGAUAGCAGCACGCGCAAGAAAUUCAUACCGACGAAGAAGUAUACACCAACCACAACAACAACUGACAGCGCAACAGCUACAACACCCAUGCGCUUCCCAGAUCAAGCGCCUUUGAAUAGCACCAGCACCACGGCGGCGAAACCAACAACAGUCAGCACUACUUCAUAUACUACACGUCCACCCAUCAGCGCCGGUCCCUCUUCAUCCAUCACUCACUACGUGCCGAGCACUAAGCAACCCAUUCUAUUCACUGAGGGUCCCAAUGGUCAACUGACUUCGGCGUUGCCCACACCAGUCGCUACAAAUGUGCCGGAGCUCAAUAUCGCCGAUGUCUACCAGACGCUCGGUCAGAAGAAUAGUGAGCAAAAGAUCGAGCAGAAACCAUCCAUGUCACUUGCGGACAUCUUCAACAGUUUGGCUGAUGAAGAAUCAGCGGUGGCUUCGCAAAAUCAAGGUAGUCAAGGCUUUGACGCACAAGGCAAUUAUAUGCAACCCAUUUCGCUAUCGAAACCAGCACCGUUUGCUAUGCAACAGCAGCAGCAACAGCAACAACAGCAAUUUCAGCAACAGCAACAACAGCAGCAAUAUCAACCACAACAACAACAGCAGCAAUAUCAGCAACAACAACAGCAACAACAAUAUCAGCCACAACAACAACAGCAGCAAUAUCAGCCACAACAACAGCAACAACGUCCACCACAGCAGUCUACACAUCCCACUUACCCAACACAUCCUACAUACCCCACCCAAGGCUCUACACCACUACCGGGUAGCAACAACGAUCAGAAGGUGAUAUCGGGCAGUCAAGAGAACUACAGCGGCGAAUAUGUCUCAUAUCAGGUGCAAAAACCAAAUGUACUGCAAUACCGCCCGGCCCCAGGUGCAAUCAAUAACGUCGUCAUCUCACCUGGUCAACAUUCGGCCUCAUUUGUUUUGGGUAGUCAGCAACAAGUUGGCACCGCUGCCUUCGGCUCUGUAGAAAAGGAACCAUUAUUCUCCAAGGAACCACCAGUACAAUACGGUACAGUGAUUAGCGAGGAUAUUAGCGCACUGAAACGUCCAGGCCAGGUGGCACCAGCACAAGCCGGCACAUUCCCACCUGCACAGGGAGCUUCGAACUUCCACCAAAACGGUAACUUUGGCGGCGGUCCUGCUGGACCCACACCACCUUAUGUGCAACGUCCACUGGAUACCAAAGCACCUGCUACCGCUUAUUCUGAUGAACCACCAGCACCACCAUCACCCUACCAGCAAUUACCAUUGAUCGGCUCAAAUAUGCGCCAACGCAAACCACCAAAGCCACUCGCUUUGCCACAGACAGCACCGAAUGGCAAUUACCAACCAUCAGGCCCCACACAAACACCUGCUGGCCAAGCCACAGCAUCCACUGAGAACAACAGUGCACAAGACACGAAGGAGUUGCUCGUCUCUACGAACAUACGUUUUCCCUCGAACGAAGAGCAGGCUAACGAAGAACACUCUGUGCCAGUAAUUGCAGGACCACCCGCUGGACCACAAGUGAAUGGACAUGCACAGCCGCUGAGUCUACAACAACUGCAAAGUGGCAAUAAUGUUGUAUUUCCAAAGCCUGGCGAAGAUGGUACCAGCAAUACCGGCAGUGGUGAUAUUCAGAUUCAAAAGCAUGAGGUACUCACUAUGAAUCAGCACAAACAGAAAUUGAGCUUCCCACCCACCCAGCAGGAUCAAAAUACACCAUCCCUGCAUAUGGAACCACCACCACGCUUCCCAACAACCAUUUCGAAUGCCAUACCUGAGCACACCGAAAUUCACAAGCGUCCUCAAGCGCCGAGUCGCCCCUUAGGUCCUUCGUCUUCAUUUGCUUACAGCGAUUACACACGGAAACCAAUUGUUGGCAUUACACGCCCCAGCCCAGAACGUCACUUACCAAACAUUUUGCCGCAAUUCCGUCCCAACGCCAAAAUCUCGACAGGACAUCCACCCGCACAGAACUUCAAUCAGGAGCCUGGUAAUAUACGUAUUUCCGGCCAAACACUUAAACGACCAAACAGUUCGCCACAGUUUGCGCACCGUCGUCAACCACUUCUUCAACAACAACAACACCGUUAUCCACUUAAUCGAGCCGCUGACUUCGGUCCUGGUGCGCCACUCUCAACAGAUGCUAAUCGUCGCGUAUACCGUUUGCCACCCUACGGCGGUCAAGGAGUACAGUAUCUAGACCGCAUGUAUCCAAGACGCCCAUUGCCUUCACCACAACGUGGCGUAGAUAAUUAUGAAAGACAUGCAGCCGCUACGAAUUCCGAAGUUUAUAAGACGAUUAUGGCACCAGAACGUUUGGCUGCUUUCGAAGAAGAAGACUUGGUCAUCAACGAUCCACCGCAACCAGUUGCUGCAGCACAAGAAGAACCAAAUGUUGAUAAGGCAAAACUUGAACCUGUUGUAACCUUACAAAUGUUACAGUCUCAGAAGAAACCACUAUCGCUACCUAACGAUGACACCGGUUCCGGUGAAAUUCAAGUCACUGCAACAUCAGAACAAACAGACCCGCAACUUGAGACCGCUGAAACUCAAAAUGGACUUUAUGUUGUAUAUCCCUCCAGAGGCGAUAAGUCGAAAGUGCAGGAAGGAGGUGAUGUAAAAGAUCAAUUGCCUGCCAUUGCUCAUGUGGAACCACCUACCGGUAGCGACUAUCAAAACACACCCUUCUCAGUGGUGCGCGAUCAACCACAAGAGCCCAUACUGAAGAACAAGAAGCCGCAAUCGUUGCAACAACAAACAAAAACGCAAAUGAUCAAAGACAAAUUCCCCUAUCCAAUCGAGAAGCCUGACCUCUCCUACUCGGAACUCAACACACCUGUACAUGCCGCUGUCAUCGGACCACGUAUCAUAAAUGGAGCCUAUGGCGUGGGCAUGCCCGACACACCGAUCGCUAUUGCCUACAGCCCAACAGAGCCGUCGCCUUAUCGUCGCGCUGGCGUCAGUGGACCACCACGAUUUUCGAAUGUUAAUCUCGCCUCAUCGGUGAUCAGCGAAAUCCGCACAGACACACAAACCGAAGAGGGUCUCAGCAAUGAUUAUGAUACGCGCGGACAGAAUUUAGAAAAGAAUUUCAUGGCACCAUUCUAUCCCAGCGUGAGCCUUGGCAGUGCGACGAAUGCACCAUCCAACGGUUGGAAUAUUCUGCCAUCGACAACGGAGCGUAUCAUCUACGAAAAGAAUAACAUCAAUCGCGCCGAUGUGGAAGAGACUGCACCCGUCGAGUUGACGGAAACGACAACACCAAAGUCAUUCGAAAUGGAUAGCUUCCAACCAGAGCUGCAAGGUGGCUUCAAGCCCAUCUAUCCACCCGGUUAUACGCUCGAGGAAGAACAACAUGCGCAGCAAGAGCCCGAAGAAGUGUUUGUUGGUGAAAAUGAUAAGCCGUUAGCGUUGGCAAGCUACAUGCGACCGGAGAGUCAGGAAAUCGCUGACACAAAGGCCAGUGCAGCAACGAGCACAUCAUCAACCUCCACGACAACAACAACAACAUCAACCACCAGCACUACACCAAAACCACAAACGAGCAGCAGUGCAAAGCCCAAGAACACAGCCACACCAGUGACAUCCACCACCAGCGCUAGCGCCAGCGCCAGCAAUGCGCCGACAAACCUCAACGUCUCGGCCGGAGUGGAUACAACUAAGGCGCCCAUUACAACAACCACACCCACGAAAAAGAAGAGCACAUUCGAGACUAGCUUAGCUGCCCUACUUUUCGGCGACGAUGAGGAGUUCGAAGACGCCAGCGAGGCCAGAAAACAACAGCCCCUAUCGGCGACAGUGGAGACUAAGGCAGUGAGUGCUGGACCACGUGCCGGUGCGCCACGCAUGGGUCCACGUAGUCUGAAGUUCAGUUAGAUGAAGUGCGAAGAAAUGCUAUAAAGUGUCAGCGCAGCAACUCUGCAAGCGUUUCCAAACACAUUCACCGCCCACACUCAGCCUUCAGCGGGCGUCAGGUGGGCGUGGUAAGCGUACGAAAUUAGUUUUUAGCAUAGUAAUCCCGUUUCUUUGUUCUUGUUUUUGUUUGUGGAAAUCUAGUUUAGUUUAUUGCUUGCUGCAAUAAUUGAAUUGCCCAUUUGACAAUUCACUUUAAUAAUGAUUCCCGCAUAAUUACAAUUACAAUUACAAGCGCAUACAUACAUACCAACAUAUCUAACUAAUACAUAUAUACUAGACAAAGGCAAUUGCCGUAAGGCGAAAGCGAGAAAAGCAGUUAUAUUCAUAAACGCUCAAUUAGUGGGCGCGUCAAUAGCAUUUAGUGUGACUUUUGCGAGUCUGAUUCGAAAAUCGUUGAGCAAAUGGUGGAUGGCAAAGCAAUUUCACCAAUUCCAUAUUCUUAUUGGACUCCCGAAUCGUCGAGCUACAUUUACUACUCAUGAGCUACAAUACAUAUGCGAGUAUAUGUAUGUAUUCUACACAGGCAGCAAAUCGAUCUAGAAUGGUUGAAAAUUAAAAUAAAUAAUUAACUGACAAUAUUUAAAAUAAAAAAAUAAAAAAAACAAAAACAAAUAUAUAAAUAUGUAUACUAAUUUACACAUAAAAACGAAUCAAUGCUCAAAGACAUUUAAUAUAAUACUGAUUAAGUAAUUCCCGUUAAAUUUAUAGUGGAAUUGAAAUGAAUAAUUUUAGUUGUAUUUAUUUAUAAUUUAUGUAUAAAAGAAACAAAAACAAAAAUGUGUAUUCGA